AUGCCAUCCAAUUCCGUUCUCCUCCCUUCGUCCUCCUCACCCCCCGUGUCGUUCCUUGUCACUCCCUUGCACGCGCGUCUGGCGGAUUUGCUGCUGCUGGCGGCGCACGAGCCGUCAGCGGCGCUCGCGGGAGUGCAGCAGCGCGUGCACGGGAACGUGCCUUCGCUCGUUGCUCUCAAGGCCGAAACGCUCGCCUGCUCACGGGAGGCCGAGUUCGCCGGCGCUGACGUGGCGGACUGCCACGUCAUCGCGCGCAGCAUGACAGCUGGCGGCCCAGCAUCCGUCCAGCGCAUGCUGGCGCGCCUGGCUGCCGCCAAGCCGCUCCUGCCGUCCCUGCGCGGCGCCAAAGACGUGGCGCCUCGUCCUCUGCCGUCCGUGCGCGCGGGCACAGAUGUGUCGGGUGGAAGGCAAGAGGAGCUGACUUUUGAGUCGACUCAAAAGAACGUGGCGCCACGCCCCCUCCCCUCCGUGCGCGCGGGCACGGAUGCGUCGGGUGGAAGGCAAGAGCAUGUGGCGGGCAAUCACUUGCAGCCCGUCCUGCCCUCGCUGCGCGCCGAAAACGACGUGCCGCCAGGUCCCCUCCGUGCUGGUGCAGAGGCGUACUGCCGCUCUGGUGCGGAGAGUAAUGCCACUCUGACGGCUGCAGAGGGGGACGCCCUGCCAGUGCCACGUGCUGGGGGGGGUGAGGGAGUGGAUGAGGGUGUGAGAGCUGGUGGUGACGACAGUACGGCAGAAGUUUGCAGUGGGAGAGCGGAGGGGAGGUAUAGAGCGGAUACAGCUGGGAUGCCUGCUGCUGCGGUGCCGCAAGGAGGGGAGAUGCCCGUUGGUGAAGUGGCUCGCAAAGAGGGGGCAGGGGCGGGUGUGGUGGGUGGUGGACGGCUGGUGGGGCUGGGCAGUGCAAGUGACCAGGCUGCUCGGAAGCAGAGCAAUGAGAGAGUGUCGGGGAUUGGGGGUGGGGAGGGGAGCAGAGAGGAGGUGGUGGAUGGGGGGGAAGGGAGUGGGUUGAGGAAAGGGGAGGGGGGGGGAGGGGUGGAAGGGGAGGGAGGGACAAGGGCAGAGGAAGAGGGGAUGGAUAGAGGGAAAGGGGGUAAUGCGGUGGAGAGGGGUGGAGCAGGAGGAGGAGUGGUGGAGGUGGUUUUUAGUGCAGCUGCUUCUCGCACUGAUGAUGUGGCAGCUGUUGCUUCCAGCUCUGACGUGGCAUCUAUGAGUUCUGGUGCUGACGUGGCAGGAGCACGGGUGGCGGUGGCUGACAGGGCAGGUGUGAGGAGGGCGCUGACGGGGCCAGCAGCACUGCUUGCUUUCAUCAACGAUGGAGCUGAGGACACUGCUGAAGAUGCUAGUAUCGGGGCAGCUACUACGGGGGAUGCACAAACAAGCAUAUCAAGCCGGUUGCUAAGGCUUAUCUCUCCUCCCAGCCUGCUGUGGCAGUCUCAACAACCACUGCGGAAAAAGGAGGGUGGAUCUUCAGAGUUACCCAAUGGUAACAGGAUAGGAGAAGAACAGAGGUUGAGAUUGGAGGCGUGGCUCGAUAAGUAA